GUCCCUGCAUAUCAUUAUAUCGCCUUUACGUUUCACCAAACAUAUAAUUAUACCAAGUAUCUAUACUUUCUCGCUUGCUAUCAAUCCUUAAUAGUUCACAAUAAGAAUGGGGAUUCUUGAUCAUCUUUCCGACAUGUUUGAUUGCUCUUCCGGCCGCCACUACCGCCGCCGCUACAAGAAGCGCCGACAACUUCAGACGGUGGAGAUGAGAGUGAAGAUGGAUUGCGAAGGGUGCGAGAGGAAAGUGAGGAGGUCGGUGGAGGGAAUGAAGGGGGUGACGUCAACACAGGUGGAGCCGAAGCAGCACAAGCUCACCGUCGUGGGCUACGUGGAUCCGGACAGGGUGGUGGCGCGUGUGGCUCACCGGACGGGCAAGAAGGUGGAGCUUUGGCCCUACGUGCCGUACGACGUCGUCGCGCAUCCGUAUGCGCCCGGGGUGUACGACAAGAAGGCUCCGGCGGGGUACGUGCGCAGGGCGGAGGAUCCGCACGUUUACCAGCUCGCACGCGCCUCCUCCACUGAGGUUCGCUACACCACCGCCUUUAGUGAUGAUAACCCGGCCGCCUGCGCUGUCAUGUGACGUCGGGAAGUUUCUAAAUCCGGUGUAAUUCGUUAAAUAGCUUGAUUAGUUAAUUAUUAUAGGAUUUGCUGUGUAAUAUGAUGUUUCAUAGUCAAAUACUGGUUUGGUAAAGGUGGUUGAAGUUGGGAAGAGUAUCCAUCUUGCUUUUGUGCUUUUGAAAACAUUUCUGCAUACUCCAACUUUGUUGUUCUGUAAAUACCAGAAAUUUUAAUCACACACUAAUCAAUC